AUGGCCCCACUACCGGGGGCAGAGCUGGUCCAUAGGCCUCUGCAGCUCUACCGAUACCUGCUACGCUGUUGCCGACAGCUGCCGACCAAGGACAUCCAGGAACACUACAAACAUGCUGUCAGGCAGAAUUUCCGGGUUCAUUCAGAUGAAGACAACCCGGAGAGAAUCCAACAGAUUAUUAAGAGAGCCAUUGAAGAUGCUGACUGGAUCGUGAACAAAUAUAAAAAACAGCACUGAGAUUCCAGAGCCCGAAGUGAAGCUGUGCUAAGGACAUUUGAAGUUGAGAAGCUUCUCUCCUUCUGGAACUAAUCAUCAUCAGAAGUUCUGGAAUAUUCUUUGACCUUGUUGGCUGAGAGAACAAGACUUCAGAGGGAGAAGCUGACAUUUUCUUAGACAGCUCUUCUUGCCACCGUCAUGUUUCCAGCAUCCUUUAUGUUUGCUAUUCCAGCCAGGAAUGAUGUGAA